CUGUACAGUAAAAGAGAGGAGCCGGUGUCUUCACGCCACUGCGUGCCGCCUUGCUUCUUUAUCCUUCUCGAAUGCCAUUCCUUUGAAAUUUCAAACCUAAAUUUCUCUCUUGUUUCUUCCAAGACUCACCUAAUAAUAAAUCUGGAAAAACUGAUAAAUAAUCCCUUUUCUCUGUAUCGUUAGCAUUUGGAUUGAUUUCUGCCAGUUGAAGCUUUUUCAAUGGCGUACGUAGAUCACGCCUUCUCGAUCUCAGAUGAGGACAUAAUGAUGGAGAAUUCUUACGUCGUCCAUAACCGACCUCCGAUCAAGGAAAUUGCGCUCGCUAUCUCUCUGCUCAUCUUCGGAUCUCUGGGUAUCAUUAUGGGGAUUUACAUGGCUUAUAAUAAUGUUGGCGGAGACACAGCUCAUGGGAUUUUCUUCGCGGUUUUGGGUUCGAUUCUCUUCAUUCCGGGGUUCUAUUACACACGGAUCGCAUACUAUGCUUACAAGGGAUACAAAGGGUUUUCUUUCUCCAACAUACCGCCUGUGUAGAGGCCUCAGAGUUGGGAGCCAUCAAUUUUUCUCAUACUUCAUGUACAUCCUCUGGCCGUCCCCCCUCUCCCCUUUCUAAUAUCUUCUAUAGCCUUGUUUGAACGAUGUAGAUGUGUAGAUGAAAGAUCAGCUAUGUGUACUUUAUUGCAAAUAUGGUAUUGUGGUAUUGUGGUAUUGUUCACCCAGAUCAGCUCCUCAGUGUAAUCCAUUGUUUGAUGUUGAUAUCUUUUUUU